GCAUCAAAAUCGACGGCAGAUAUUCGCCGUACGGAUUCCCCGGCUCACUCCCUGCAUUGAUUGCAACAUAAACCAUCAGUAGUCCUUUGUCCCCAUCACCUGCCCACCGUCAAGUUCAAGAAACCGGCGAAGACAAGCACGCAGCCGCCGUGACUCCUCCCAGUUUCUCUUCCUUCGAAGGUCAUCAGCAAGAGGCAAAUACGAAGAAGAGGGCAGGGGCGUUGCCGUCUUUCGUCGGUGAAAACGCUCCGCAUAGUGUUUCUUUCGUAGGUUGCAUCCUUAUUGUAGACCGAAGGCUGCAUAUGUAGCCGUUUAGAAGACUGAAGGUCCAUUACAUGAGUGGAUAUGCGUUGGUGUUGUUUUGAUGCCCCGUCAGUGACAGAAAAGGAUCGUCCUAAUUCUCAACAAGACUUACGCAGGUUGUCAUCCAGUGAGAACAUCACGGUUUUCUCCUACGGUGAGUUGAGAGCAGCAACAAAUAAUUUUCAUCCAUGUAAUAAAUUAGGACAAGGUGGUUUUGGAACAGUCUACAAGGGAACUCUUAAGAAUGGAGCUCCUGUUGCAACAAAGGUUCUCUCUGCAGAAUCCAAGCAAGGGGUUCAUGAGUUUCUGACCGAGAUCAAAAUUUUAACAAAUGUUAAGCAUCCAAACCUUGUUGAGCUAAUUGGAUGCUGCAUUCAAGGAAGUACGAGAAUAUUGGUCUAUGAAUAUCUGGAGAACAAUAGUCUUGAUCGUGCAUUACGAGGGUCUGAUGGUGAAAUAGGUAAGCUAAAUUGGAGCAUGAGAUCUUCAAUUUGUAUGGGCACUGCCAGGGGUCUUGCAUUUCUUCAUGAAGAACUUGAGCCACAAAUUGUGCAUAGAGACAUUAAAGCUAGUAAUAUUCUUCUGGAUAGAAACUUCACUCCGAAAAUUGGAGAUUUUGGUUUGGCCAGGCUAUUUCCUGAUGAUACUACUCACAUCAGCACAUGUGUAGCUGGAACAACCGGUUAUAUGGCACCGGAGUAUGCGAUACAUGGUCACUUAACUAAAAAGGCUGAUGUUUAUAGUUUUGGGAUGCUUGCACUGGAAAUAGUUAGCGGCAGGAGUAUUUCAAAGGCAAAUUGGUCAGAACAGGAGAAAUUUCUUUUGGAAUGGGCAUGGCAGCUUUAUGAAGAAGGGAAUCUGAUAGAGCUCGUGGAUCCAAAUCUUAAAGAAUAUCUGGAGGAAGAAGUACUAAGAUACAUCAAAGUUGCCCUUUUCUGCACGCAGGCAGCAACCAAGCAAAGACCUACCAUGCCUCAGGUCGUUGAGAUGUUGUCCAAGCAAGUAAGGCUGAACGAGAAGGAACUGACGCCCCCACGUCUCGUCCAAGACUUGAGACAUACCAGUGGAGGCUGGAAAGCAGGAGAGUCUACCAAUGUUCCUCCACCCAGCUCUGCUACUGUAACCUAUUCUGAACUGGUUCCUAGAUGAAAGCAGUCAUGCAGUAAAGUUAACUUAAAACAGACAUGCUAGACAGGAAGCUUACCAGGAAGAGAUGUCUUUCCAUCACUUGCAUGAAUUGAAGUAACUGCAUUACAUGCAUCAACAGGAGCAGAAUGUAGGAUUUCAUUCCUUUACCUCACCCAGCCAUAUGCUUUGAUGACUUUGUGAUCGGUUUGCCGACGAUAUGAUUUUCUGUUUAGGCCUACUUUAUAUGCAUGCAGAGUUCACCUGCAAGUGGCAUGAACCAAGAAAAAAACCUCUCUUUAAGUGGCUCCUGCAUCACAUACAAGAGGGGCGCAUUCCAAGGGAUCCUUGUAUGUAGACUUAACACUGCUUCUUGUUUUAAGAAUAAGUCCUGUUUUCUUUGUUUCUAUUCUGCCCCUGUGACUUCUAACAACCUGCAGCACUGUGUAACAUUCCACUUCAAGAGGGUAAUCUUGUCGCCUAAAAAAAGUUGUGCUGUAUAAAAAAUGUAGGUUUCUUGGGAGUCUUUGGAUGCUGUGAAUUGAUAUGACAGAGUUAGGAAAUCCAUAAUUAUAUUUAUGGCUGUUCCUAGAAAUUGGCUAGUUAGAGUUGAUGAUCCAAGUGGAUGCUGGUUCUGAAAUCCCCAGCUAUCAAUGUGGUGUAAAUUUUUAUGUAAGAAAAUAAUUCUAGGCUGAGGGGGAAUCCAGGUUUCAUCUUAUCGCAAAGAAAUUUCUAGUUUCAUUUCA